ACGUUGUCUAAUGUUGAUGACGUCAGGUGUGCGACUCCAUCCAUGCCUUCUUGCGGGUGUGUUUUGUAGAGGGAUAUGAGCUGAGUGAGUUCCUCAGGCGCUGUAUUUGUAGUUAUUCAGAUUUAUGGACGAAACGAGAGCGUGAGAGAGCCUUUGAAGGACGCGUAGAAACAGGAAGGUGAGCUUCUGGUGUCACCUGCAGGCUCAUGUAAUUCACGUCAUGUGUCAGCUGUGUGCUUAGUUUGUGUAUGACAAAUAAAACAGUUUAAAUUUAAAGUGGGAUUACAGCUGCUGUGCUCAUAAAUCAUUCGCUAUAAUCAUCCAAACAUGGGCUCUACCUUCAUACUGAAAGUCAGAACAUCUCUAAAGUCCUCGCAGCUCUUUUUCCAACAUGGACGUCCAGCUUUCUCCACAUUACAGCCUCCCUGGGUUCUCUCUGUGUGCAGCAGAGAGCCCAGCCUCACCCUGGGUGUCAGACGGACACACAGAAGCAGCAGUGGACAAACUAAAGGGCAGAGUGGGGUUAGAAACAGCACCAUCAGAAGCGGUGAAGAGGAUGGUACAGUGAAUGGAGGAGGAGAUAAGAGGUCUGCUCCCCGGCAGAGGAUCCAUAAAUCUGUGUUUGCUGCUGGAACGGCAAAGAGGACGGCGGAUAUACUGAGGAGGAGGGCGCCUCUGGUCUGUGAGUAUAAGGAUGAAGAGGAGCCUGAACGUAGGUCAGAUAGGGGAGCAGGAAGGCUGCAGCCUCCUGAGCGACCGCUCCCUUCCAAUGAGUGGAAGAAGCUGAAGGAGUCUCAGGGAAAUCCACCUCGCUUUGAAAUCCAAAUGAUGAAAGCUCUCUUCACCUCUGGGGGCGAGCUGGAUGUUGCCAAGUCCCUGCUGACUUUUGUAGCCACGGAGACUGGCACACUGUCCUACGAGCUGCUACUGCGAUACCUGACGCUGUGUGUGAGCAGCGGCCAUGACGCUGAGGUGUUUGACGUCUAUGACAUCAUGCGGGGAAGUUUCCCCUCUCUGGACACAGGAGCUUCCAGUCUUUUUAUCAAAGCCUUCAGCCGGACGGCGAGGUGGAGGGAGGCUCUCAACAUCCUGCAGGAGCUCAAGAAAACUUUUAGUCCAUCACCACGCAACUAUGGCGACGUCAUCGCAGCUGCAAUGCAGCACGGUGACACAAGCACUGCCUGGGCUCUUUAUGAUGAGCUAAUUGACAAUGGACUGAGUCCUCACCAGGAGACAUGGGAGACUCUGUUUAAAGUGGCAGGGAAAGAGGAAGGAGAAGAGGGAACGAGUGUCAUGUCACAGGCUGAACAGCAGGAGAGGCACCUGGGAAUUCUGCUGCACAUGAGGAACAACCAGAUCUACCCUCAGCAGAGCCUCGCCAGCAGCAUCAAGAGCUGGUUUGAGAGCCUGACAGGACAGGAAUGGACAGGCAGCUGGACGACCGCCACCCCAAAGGGAGUAUGUAGGAGUUGUGGGUCUGAGCUGGAGUCCAUCCAGCUGACUGCUGAGGAGUACCAGCAGCUUAAAGACAGAGUGAUGACAGACAUCAUUGAGGGACAAGAUGUUUUCACCAAGACAACUCCAGAGGAGCUGCAGCGGUUCAAGUUGUUUGUGAAGAGGAAGCCAGCCUUUGAUGUGGUUGUAGAUGGGCUUAAUGUUGCAAAUAGCAACAAGGACAAAAGCAAGCAGUCAGAGACACUGCUGCUGGUGGUGUCAGAGCUCGUCGACCGUCAGGGCCUGAAUGUCCUGGUGCUGGGAAGGAAACACAUGCUGCGACCCUCCAGAUCCUGGGACAGAAACAACAUGAACCUCAUCCAGCAGAAGGCCCACUGUUUCUUUACCGACAAUAUUUCAGAGGAUGACCCCUUCUUGUUGUACGCUACUUUGCACUCUGGGAACCACUGUCGGUUUGUAAGCAGGGACCUGAUGAGGGACCACAAGGCCUGCCUGCCAGAUGGAGCCACCAAGCGGCUCUUCUUCAAGUGGCAGAGAGGGCACCAACUGGUGGUGGACGGGCACGUCACAGCGGGCAGGAGGGUCCGAUUUCAGAGUAUUCCCAGCUAUGACACCAUUGUCCAAACCUCAGGAGGAAAGUCAUGGCACAUCCCUUAUGAUGAAACAGAGGACAGGAGCACCUAUGAAGUACCACAACACUGGCUGUGUCUCAACAAAAAGCUCUGAAGACUGUCUUUUUUUACAGUUUGGAAUAUAAAAAAAAUGCUGGUACUGAAGACUUUUAAUAAAACUGUGGACCUGUAAAUAAACAUUUACCAUCACUGCAGUGUCUGUACUGUUUUAAUCAUAUUUCAAUUUAAUAUGAUUAAAUAUUAGAUAAUAGGUACAGCCAGAUCCAUGGAUAUUUGAACAAGAUGUACAACAAAUGUAAUUUUUCAAAUUUUGGCUAUGUGCAUCCACUAACAUUGGACUUUAAAUAAAACAAUUAAGAUGUGAUCGAAGUGCAGACUUAUUACAUUAACUGCUUAGGAUUUACAGCUAUUUUUAUACACAGUCCCCCAUUCACAGAAAUACAAUAAAUAAAUAUCUCAUAUCCUGCUUGGAACAAUUUGGUUUUUACUCAGAAUAUAAACCAAAUACAAAAACCCAAACACUUUCUUUUAAAAAUAUUAACCAGAAGAAAAAAAAUCUAAGGAAGUACAACUUUAAUUGUGCAGCACAAGUUUGAAUAUAAUUUGAAUUUUCUCAAGUUUCCAGAAUCUAUUCAUACACACAAUCUCUUGGGAAACAUUCCUUCUUAAAGGUCAAACGGGAAAAGAAAGCAAAUCUAACAAUCUUCAUCUGUAGCUGGUGAAAAGGCCUUUUAGGAAAGAACUUUUAGGUUUUGUCUUUACUCCAAAAAGAAAAUUGCACAAACGUCAUAUUCUGUAAUUGUCAAGAAAUAUAUUUUGAUAUUGUUACGAAUACACCACCUGAUUGAACUACUUGUUAAAAAUAAAAAUACAAAAACUACAGACAGUUGACCCGGAUAUGAAAGCUCUCGUCUGCUUCCGGUGCAGAAUCGUGCCAUGUUUUGCUUCUGUUUUUACCUCAGUUUAGUUUCAGAUUCGGUCUAGACCACUUUACCUCAAUUAUUUCCUGCCGUCAUGUCCCGGGGGUCGAGUGCGGGGUUUGACCGGCACAUCACCAUCUUCUCCCCGGAGGGAAGGCUCUACCAAGUCGAUCCACAUCUCACCCUGUCGCUAGCAUCCUACUCUGUCACACCAGAUCUCUGCAUGUCUUCUGUCACUGCAUCCAUGAAUCCUCUCUGAGGUCUUCCUCUUUUCCUCCUGCCUGCUAGCUCCAUCUUCAGCAUUCUUUGUCCAAUGUAUCCACUAUCUCGCCUCUGUACAUGUCCAAACCAUCUUAGCAUUGCCUCUCUGACUUUGUCGCCAAACCACAGUCUGAGCUGUCCCUCUGAUGUACUCAUUUUUAAUCUUCUGGGAUGAAAAUAUGAGCAUCUCCAGCUCUGCCACCUCCAGCUUGGCCCAUUUUUUCAGUGCCACGUCUCCAAAUUAUACAUCACAGACAGAUAACAAAAAAUUCAACAAAUAACUGUAGUUUGGAAACUGAACUACAAGAACUUGUAAACAAAAUUUCAAAUUAAUAGAAAGAAAAACACAAAAUCAUAAUAACUCUAAUAAAUUAUAAAGCGUUAAUUUGUGUUUCUAUUUAAAGGCUAAGUGAAACAAGGAAACUGUAAGCAAAUGUAAAGAACUGAAUAACAUAUAACAAAUAGUUUCCUCAUUCUCUUGUGUGAGUUAUAAUUGCUUUCAGUUCAAUCAUGAAGAUAUGGAAAUAUUUUGUCAAAAGAAUCUGACAUCGAUGUGUUAGCACUGAAGAAAGAGAAGAAGCAAAAU